GUUACCGAGGAAUGAGAAACCUUCGCUUCCGCAGGACCGACUCCCCCCGCCCCACCCCUGCGCGCGCGCGCGCGCGCGCGCGCGUGUGUGUGUGUGUGUCUGUGUGUCCGUCCGGUGAGCACGCGCACUUUGCAGUCGGACACGAGGAACGGACGUGAACGCGCUCCGCUUUAUUUUUGCGUCUGUUGCUGCUGUACCGGGAUCGCGGCGAUGAUGAGGAUGAGGAGGAGGAGGAGGGUGAGGAUGCGGAUCCGGCAUGUAAAUGAGCUCCGCUGACGUGUCACCCGCGAGCCGCUCCGAUCAGCGUCAGAGGUCGCCGGUGCUCGUCGCCGACAAGCUGCGCUCCCGCGGCUGCGCGGCCCCGGCGUCCGUCCAUCCCGUCCGUCGUUGCGUUGCGUUGCGUUGCGCGGUCACGCCGCCGCGGCCAUGGCGAACUGCGCGUCUCCUCGCGGCUGAACCGCGUGUCACGGAAUCACGGACCGCUCGCUUGGCCCGAUGGAGGGCGCUGCUGCGGGGGGUCGCUCGGAGUCGGACUCGGGGUCGGAGCCGCAGCUCGCGCACCGCUCCCUCAUGGCGCAGCCCGGCAGGGGGGGCAGCGACCCCUGCGCCUACGGGCUGUCUGGCGCCGCGGGGGGGCUGCUUUGCCGCAGGCUGCGCGCGGCGAGGGGGUGCCGGACCCCGGACCCGGACCCGAGCCCGGCACGCGAGCGCGACGGCGACGGCGACGGCUCCGACGCGCAUCCUCAUCUGAGCAUAAACAUCCGCAACGUGCUGCAGCGCGUCCGCAAAGCGCGCAGGGACCCCCGCGACGCCGGGAGCGCGGACGGGAGCGCGGAGGACACCAGGAGCGAGGAGGAGGAGAGCAAGGCUGAGGAGCGGAGGGAGAAGCAGCGCGAGGAGGAGGAAGAGGAGGAGGAGGCCGAGGUGAAGGCCGUGGCCACGUCCCCGGGGGGACGCUUCCUCAAGUUCGACAUCGAGCUCGGGAGGGGCUCCUUCAAGACCGUCUACAAGGGACUGGACACGGACACCUGGGUGGAGGUGGCCUGGUGCGAGCUGCAGGACCGAAAGGUGUCCAGGGCAGAGCGGCAGCGGUUCAAGGAGGAGGCCGAGAUGCUCAAGGGUCUGCAGCAUCCCAACAUCGUGCGCUUCUACGACUUCUGGGAGUCGGCGCUCAAGGGCAAGCGGUGCAUCGUCCUGGUCACGGAGCUCAUGACGUCGGGCACUCUGAAAACGUACCUGCGCAGAUUCAAGCGCAUGAAGCCCAAGGUUCUGCGCAGCUGGUGCAGACAGAUCCUCAAGGGACUGCACUUCCUGCACACGCGGACGCCUCCCAUCAUCCACCGAGACCUGAAAUGCGACAACAUCUUCAUCACGGGCCCCACGGGCUCCGUCAAGAUCGGCGACCUGGGUCUGGCGACGCUCAAGAGGACCUCGUUCGCAAAAAGCGUCAUAGGCACGCCGGAGUUCAUGGCCCCCGAGAUGUACGAGGAGCACUACGACGAGGCCGUGGACGUGUACGCCUUCGGCAUGUGCAUGCUGGAGAUGGCCACCUCCGAGUACCCGUACGCCGAGUGCCAGAACGCGGCGCAGAUCUACCGCAAGGUCACCAGCGGGGUGAAGCCUGCCAGCUACGACAAGGUCACCGACCCCGAGGUCAAAGAAAUUAUCGGGGAGUGCAUCUGCUACCGGAAGGACGAAAGGUUCCGCAUCAAGGACCUGCUGAGCCACGCCUUCUUUGCCGAGGACACGGGGCUGCGGGUGGAGCUGGCCGAGGAAGACGAUGGCGCCAAGGCCUCCAUCGCCCUCAAGCUGUGGAUCGAGGACCCGCGCAAACUCAAGGGGAAGUACAGGGAGAGCGGCGCCAUCCAGUUCACCUUUGACCUCGAGAGGGAGGUGCCCGAGGGCGUGGCCCAAGAGAUGGUGGCAUCUGGCUUUUUCCACGAGAAUGAUGCCAAGGCUGUGAGCAAAUCCAUUAGGGACCGAGUGUCUCUGAUCCGAUGGAGGAGGGAACGUAUGAGCUCGGUGGACAAGGGCACGAAGCACCAGCGCCGGGACCAAGAGGGCCUGCCGGGUCGCGCAGCCCCCUGGGAGAAGCGUCCGCCCGCUGUGCCCGAUCUUCAGGAGCCUGUGGGCACCUCACCUGCCAGCGCCCCCUGUGUCGCAUCUCCUCCUGAUUGCACCACAGAUGGUGGUCUUGGCUCUACGGGCUUUUUGAUGCAUCCAGAUGCCGCUGUCUGCCAGCAGAGCACCGUGUUCCAGCCUCUGCAGGAAUUCAUCUUCUCUUCAUCUCAGGAGACCCGUAGCCCCUUAGCAGCUGAGCUUUCGUGCCAUCUGGACCAGGACCUCCAUGAGCGAUGCUCAGGCCAGCUGCACCAGGAGCCCUUGCAGCAGCCCUUGACGAUGCAGCGCCAAGGGGCCCACCAGCUACACCAGGGAACCUACCAGGAGGCGACGGCUCAGCUGCGUGAAGGGAUCUUUCCGCAAUACGCAGCCCCUGAUACGAAGCAGGUUCCAAACCCAACAACAACCGUGAGCUCCGCUGAAACAUCGGCCCCCCUCAGCGAACAGACCGUGCAGUCAGUCGCAGCCGCAGCAUCCCCUGCACAUCAUACCCUGCAGUGCCCCGCCCACCUGGUGCCCGAGGUGUCACCUUCUCUGCCGGACUUCCACCAGUUAACCUCCAGCCGGUCCGGCCACACCCAACAGGCUCCUCCCCUUCCUGUGCAGCCGAGUGCCACUGUGCAGUCGCUCACGAUCCCCGUGGUGCUGCUGCAUUUCCCUCAGAUCCCUCCGACAGUCCCUCUUGUUCCAGCAGGAGGCACCUUCUCCAGCAGCACAGCCGCCCCUCCAGGCCCCGACCCAAUACAGCCAGUUCCCGCCGUCCCAUCCCUGCCGGCCACGGCCCCACCUCCCUCCCCGGCCCCGCCCCUAAUUCCUCUGCAGCAGCUCUUCCGUUAUCCCCCGCAGGAAGCCCCGAGGGGAGCGGCGCCGUCCAAAGCAUCCGUCUGCGUUGCAGCCGAGCCGCAUGUGGCCAGCAGAGCCCCGCACGGUGUCCCUGAGCCUCCUGUGCAACUCGCCGCCUCCUCUCCAGCUGGCCUGAAGAUUAGCCAGGAAGUCGGUGGUGGAGAGCUGAGGGUGACGUGCGGGAGCGCCGUACAGCCGCUGGGUCAUCAGAGCACAGCCACUCCCGCUGCUGGAGUCGAAGCAACACCUGAACCAGUUCUGGAGGAGCUGCCUACAGAAAGCACCGUGCUCUUGCACCACUACAGCCACGACAGUGUGAACUCCGACGCCGCUUCAGGCAGAGAGCUGAGCGACAGCUGCGAGGGCUCCCUGGGCAGCGCGAAGGCUGAGGGCAAAUCCAGGAGGCAUCAUCGCAGGUCCACGCGAACACGCUCUCGCCAGGAGAGGAUCAGCAAGCCCAAGCUGAGCAUGCUCAACGUGAGCAACACGGGGGACAAGAUGGUGGAAUGUCAGCUGGAGACGCACAACCACAAGAUGGUCACCUUCAAGUUUGACCUGGAUGGAGACGCCCCCGAGGAGAUCGCCGCCUACAUGGUGGAGCACGAAUUCAUCCUGCAGCCGGAGAAGGAGGUCUUCAUCGAGCAGCUGAAGGACAUCGUGGACAAGGCGGAGGACUUGCUGAGUGAAGACGGCGGAGGAGAGAGGAACUUGGAGCAGGGCGGCGGUCUUCCGCUGGACCGCACCUCUCGGCUCCCGGAUUCUCAAAGAUGGACGAGCGCUCCCUCCAGCAGCGAGCAGCCCGUCUACCAGCAGAACGUUCUCCACACGGGAAAGCGCUGGUUCAUUAUCUGCCCCGUGGAGGAGAGCCCCACCCGCAGCAAGGAAGGAGCAUCUUCGGUUGCCGUGGCAGCAGCGCCGCCCGCUGUCCCGAAAGACCCGUCGGAGGAGACUUUCGCUGAGGCCCGAGGUCCCUACGGGCUCCCGCCGAGCUCCGCGUCGCCGGACGAAGCCCCGGCCGCUGGGCUCGGCGCCGUUUCGCCCGUCGCGGCCGAUAUCGCCUGCGCCGCCGCCCCGUCCGACGAGGUGCCGUGCUGCCCCCUAGUGGCGCCCCUGUCCCAGGCCGGAGCGGAGCUCUCGGUUCGAGGCGGCAGAGGCCACGCCCACCGCGCGGUGGUGCUGCAGCAGCCGUGCGCCGCUCACGCGGCCAUGUCUCUGCCCCAGAGCCCCGCCCCCUCGCUGCCGAGCGCUCAGGGGGAGUCGGACGGGGAGGGGCCCCCCAGGGUGGGCUUCGUGGACACCACCAUCCGGAGUCUGGAUGAGAAGCUGCGCAACCUGCUGUACCAGGAGUACGUGCCCCUGCUGGCGGCGGACACGCCGGAGUCGGCCAGCGAGUCCGUGUCCUCGACCCCGGGUCGGGAGCGGCCGGGGGGGGUCUCCCGGAGAGGCGAACAGCUGCCUCAGAUCCCCGAGAGGAUGGACAGUCCCAGCACCCUGAGCGACUCGGCCGUCUCGGCUUCUGAGAGGAUCCCGACCCAGAGGUUCACGCUGCCCCACUCCGUGUCCUGCUCGGGGUCUCGCAGCCGCUUCAAGCUCAUCCCCGCCGAGCCGGACCUCCUGCGACGGCUGGAGCAAAAGCCUCGAGGCUGGAGCCCUUUUGCUUUCCGCGACCCAAACGGCAGCUCUCAGGCGAAGGGACGCGAGGAGGAGGAGGACUCGGCACUCAGGACCAGCACCGGAAGGUUCUCGGUGCUCUGCACUCAGGACGAGGUCACCCGGAAGUCGCGUGUCAACAGGUACUCCGCUCCACCAGACUUCUACCUGGAGCCUCCCCCUUCGGUCCCCAAGCGGAGCUCCUCCCCCGCGGGCGGCGCCGUGCCGAACGGCUGCCGCCCCUCCUCGGACUCUGGGGACGACAGCAGCCCCGCGAAGCAGGCGGCGGCACCCCCGUUCCGGCGGGCGUCCGGCGAGCGCAGGGGCGGCGACCUCGUGAAGAGGGCCGUGGCGUUCCUGAGGAGGUCGGGCCGCAGCGGCAGCGCGCACAGCUCGGACUCGCCUGCCCGUGGCUCCGCCCGUGCUGGCGCUGGCCACGCCCACUCGGCGCACGGUGCCGCCUUCCAGUCCUGCUCCUCCCACGUGAGCAGUGACAAUGAUUCCGAGCCGGAGGACCUUGAUGUCAAAAAAGAGCUGCAGCGGCUUAGAGAGAAACACAUGAGGGAAAUCUCCGAGCUGCAGGCCCAUCACAGGGAGGAAAUCGAGCUGCUCUACAGGAAGCUGGGCAAAUCCCUCCCUCCCAGCGUUGGGUUUUUACCCACAGCGCCCCCUGCUGGCCGCAGGCGACGAGCCGCCAAGAAUAAGCUGAGGGCCGGGAAGCUCCUUAACCCUCUGGUUCAGCAGCUCAGGGGUGUGAGCAGCAGGAGCAGUGAGUGCGAGAGCCCCGAGCGCAGGAGCAGGAGGAGCAGCGGCGGCGCGCCGGGUGUGCCGGAAACCGCUAGAACCCAUAAAGGAGGGUCGGCUGGCGGCGUGGCGGUCUCCCGGCCCGUUUCCGACUCGGUGCCGGUUCACACCCAGCAGCCGUGUUCCCUGCGGGCUUCGCUCCCCUCCGAGAACGUGCGCUUCUCGACCCCGCGGCACCAGGGCGAGGCAGCUCACCGUCAGCACAGCCACGGCUGGAGCGCCCCCCCCCCGUUCGCCGGACACCGCGAGCCCCAAGCACGGCGGCGGCAAAGCGCGCGGCCGAUUCCUCAGUGGGCCCGUGUCCUUGUCCAUCUGUUUGUAUCCGUCCGCAUGGUCCUCCGCCUCGGCGCUUGUCGCCUCGCUCCCCGCCCAUUUGCACAGAAGCCCCACCCGCACCUCCCCCCCGUCCAUUUGCAUAGCUCUAGAGCUCGCCGGGGCGCUCGCUGGCGGGAGCGAAUGCGCUGCACCGCCGAGUGCCAGCCUGCGAGCGGCUCUCCGUCACGUCUCCCCGGUUGCGGAAAAGAGCUCCUCGGACGCAUCCCCGUCCUGUAGACACGUGUGUUUUCCCUGCGCGCCCUGGUGGCGCACAGGGCACCGCAGCCUCGUUUUGCUCCACCUGCCGCCCCGUUCCGCCAUGGAUGUGUUGCAUGUGCUCUGCUGCCUUUCAGAGCUUCGCAAGAAGCACCAGUGCCGUGCCGUGCCGUGCCGUGCCGUGCCGUGCUCUGCUCUACUGUGCUGUGCCGAGGUCUAACUCUGAGUGUCUUCCAGGGUCCACCCUGAGACGACUGUGCGUGGGCAAGGACGCCAAGGAGCGCAGCGCCAGUAACUGUCCGCUUGCCUUUCGUUUCUGUCUCCCUGUUGUGUCCCGCUGUACUCUGCGCUCCGCGGCUACAUAUACACAUGCGUAGUUACGUCCGACGCUGUAUCCGAGACUUCUGUGGACCAUAACUAGCAAAUACAUUGAAGCGCACCUGUUUUCACCUGGUUUACGAGGGAUGUUGAUCGUUCUGGUGGGUAAAAGUGACUAAAAGGGAGCCCUCUGUUUUUCAGGGACCUCCCAGGGUGCAGGAGUCACUCCAGCUGUGGCUAAACAGCAGCACUGGGCGGCCGAGUCCCCGCCCCCUCCCCCUCC